AUGAAUGAAAUAGAAGAUGAAAUUUAAAUUCCAUAUAGUAAUUUGAAAAAUUUGGGAAAAGUUUUAAGUACAAAUUAUGAUGAUUUAGAUGAAGCACUUGAUGUAGUUCAUGACAUACAAAUCGAUAUUAAUGGUUUGGACUUUCCAGAAAUAUCAUUUGAACAGCUAGAAGACGAAAUAACUGUAACUGCAAAGCCAAACGCUUUCAGUUUUAUGAACACUCCUGGUAAAUAUAUCACUAGAUUUAUCUACUUAGAAAUAGUCUAAUGCCUCCUCUACUAAUGA